AUGUCCGACCAAGUGCAAGAACUCCUCAACAUUCCUCGGGAUUUCCUUAAGGAUGGCAUGAUGUUCAUCAACCGCAGCCAGAAGCCCGACAAGCGCGAAUUUAUCAAGAUCAGCCAGGCUGUCGGCACCGGCUUCCUGGUCAUGGGUUUCAUCGGUUACAUCGUUAAGCUGAUCCACAUUCCCGUUAACAACGUUCUUGUCGGCGGCGCAUAA